GCGUGGGUCCCAUCCUGCAGUUCCCAGAAGUGUGAUGCUGCAGUGACUGCACCUUGGGGCAGCCCCACACAGCCCAGCCCGGUAUAAGAGCGCAGCCCCCGGCUCUGCUGAGCCCACCGGAGACAACGCAGAGGUAAGCACAGAAUGGGGGGUCUUGGGGGGGAUCCUGCUGCUCUCAGGGCUGGGGGCUCUGCCCUGGCUGUGCCCCUCUCCUGGGUUAUGCCCAGCUGGGGCUGCCCUUUCCCACCCUUUCCCUUCCCAGAUGCUGGCGCUGCUGGGGCUGCUGCUGUUCCUGGUGCCUGCACAAGCCCUGACUGCCUUCCCCCCAAAGUUCCAGGUGGGGAAGCUGAGCCAGGACGUGGUGGUGCGAUGUGACACCGACACCUCAGAGCAGCACAUCUCCUGGACACUGAACGGGGACGAGGAGCCCAUGGCUGAGCUGGUGCCUGAGGGCCAGAAGCUCACCAUCCUGGGCUUGGACCUGCCAGCCACGGGCAACUACAGCUGCUGGGCUGGCCCUGUCCUGCUGGACAGCACCUACGUGGUGCUCAGCAACAACCGCGAGGAGGAGAUCAACGUGUCCUGCCAGGCUGAGUCCUACAACGGCUCCUUCCACUGCUCCUGGCCCGGGCCCACCUCUGCCAUCUUCCGUGCCCGCCUCAUCCGCAGCGACGGCUCCGUGGGGCCCUGGGUGCCCGUGGCCGGUGAGCAGGGCCGCUUCAACGCCAGCCUGGCAGAUCCCCUGUUCUGCCCCUUCGGCGAGGAGCUGCGCCCGCUCCAGCUCCACCUGGAGGGGCUCUCGGACACCUCCUACCUCAACCUCUCCCGGCACUUCUUCCUCCGCGAUAUCGUGCGUCCUGAGCCGCCCCAGAAGCUGAUGCUGCAGCAGCGGGGGGAGCAGCUCCACCUGGCCUGGGCCCCCCCGGCCUCCUGGCCGCUCCCCAAGUCUUACUUUGCGCUGCUCUACCAUCUGCAGUACGAGCUCCACAACGGCACCCAGGUUGAGCAGUUCGUGGAGGGCGCGGAGGAGGCGCCGGUGCCGGCGGGAGCGGGGCGGGUGCGGAUCAGCUGCCGGGACCCCUACACGCCCCCGGCCUGGAGCCCCUGGAGCGCCUGGAUGGGCCUCGGUGCACUCCAAUAACUGCGGCUGGGAGGGUGCCGACC